CGCACACCACCUUCGCCUCCUUUCACUCGCAAGAUUAGUUCGCUUCAUUCACCUCGAGUCUUCUCUUUCCUCACACUUUCCCCCUUUUCCCGUUCCGCACAGAAGACUAAACCUUCACUAUGGCAAAGGCAACAAAGGCGACUAUCAAGUAUCAGAAGAAGCACCUUAAGUCGGCCAUUGAGCAGCGCCGAAAGAAGCAAAAGGCCACCCAGCUCUACAAGAAGCGCAACCCCAAGAAGUUUGGUCGUGGCGCCAAUGCCGAAGGUUCAUCGGGUGCUGAUAACGAGGAUGCCCAGGACGACAAUGAGGAGGAGCACGAUAAUGACGACGCUGAGAAUGAGAAGGGCGACGAAAAGUCAAAGGGCUUGAGCGUGGACGAGUUUUUCAACAAUGAUCUGGACUCUGACGAUGAGGAGGAAUUUGAAUCAGAUAACGAAGACUUUGCUGGAAUCGACACCAUUGUUGAGGACGGUGACGGCUCAGAUAUGGAGGUUCCUGUACCAAAGAAGCAGACUGCCGCUGACAAGGCGAAGCAGGCUGCCAAGGCAGAGGCUAACCAGAAGAUUCAGUUAGAGGCAUUGAAGGAGAAGGAUCCCGAGUUCUACAAGUACCUGAAAGACAACGAUAGUGAGCUCUUGGAGUUUGAUGGAGAGAUGGAGGAUUUGGCCAGCGAGGAGGAAGACGAGGAUGAGGACGAGGAUGAUGAUAACGAUGAAGAGAUGGAGGGAGGUGAUGAAGAGAUGGAGGAGGCCGAGCCAAAGAGCAAGAAAGCCAAGAACAUGGAGGAAGAGGAGACCAUGGACGGCGUUCCGCUCGUCACAAAGGAUAUGGUCGCUGCAUGGCAAACUGCUCUUGUGGAGAAGCACUCUCUCCGUGCCCUUCGCCGCGUCCUGCUCGCCUUCCGCGCUGGAGCCCACUUGCAUGAUGCAGAGGACAGUCGAACAUACGCCUACAGGAUCAAUAGCCCCAUUAUCUUCAACAAGUUGGUGGUCCUCUGCUUGAAGCAUGUCAUCCCUACGCUCGACCACCAUCUCCCCAUUCAGACCACUGCCGGAGGCAAGCCAAAGCCAGUCAAUUCUGGAUCGAAAUAUACAACUCUUCAGCCCUUGAUCAAGUCUUUUCUUCAAAACACGGUGUUCCUGCUCAAGGAGUUGACGGAUCAGGAGAUGAUUUACUUUGUCAUCCGCGAGUCUGAGAAGGCCAUUCGCUACCUCGUUGGAUUCCCCAAGGUCACCAAGGACUUACUGAAGCAUUUGUUGUUCUUGUGGUCGACUGCCUCAGACCGCGUUCGUAUUAUUUCCUUCUUGACGAUCCGGACCAUGUGCCUGCAAUUGGGCUCCACUCUCCUUGAUCUGGCCUUGAAAGGCGUUUACCUGACUUUUGUCCGAUAUGCCAAGACAACAACGGUUCAUACGUUGCCUAACCUGCAUUUGAUGCAGAACUGCGUUGCUCAACUGUACGGUCUCGAUUUCGAGCGAUCCUACCAGCAUGGAUUCGUUUAUAUUCGUCAACUCGCCAUCCACCUCCGCAACGCCGUCUUGGUCAAGACCAAGGAGUCGUUCAAAGCUGUUUACAAUUGGCAGUACCUCCACUGCCUGGGUCUUUGGUCCCAGGUAGUAUCGACACAUGCGCUCAACAACGCAGGACAGCCCACGCCGCUGCACGCUUUGAUCUACCCGCUCGUUCAGGUCUCGCUGGGAGCUUUAAGACUGAUCCCGACUUCGACCUACUACCCUCUCCGCUUCCAGAUUAUCCGCAACUUGAUUCUGUUGGUCGAGAAUACGGGCACGUUUAUUCCUCUGGCGCCUUUCCUGUUUGAGGUACUCGAGGGAGGGGAGAUGAAGCGCCCUGGUCGCAAGGGAACGUUGAAGCCUCUGGAGUGGGAUCUUGGAUUCAAGUGUAGCAAGGAAUACAAGGGUUCGCGCGUCUAUCAGGAUGGUACGGGAGAGCAAGUGUACGAGUUGAUGACGGAAUACUAUGCGCUCUUCAGCACGUCGAUCUCGUUCCCAGAGUUGGCAAUCCCUGCGAUUGUGCAGUUGAAGCGGUUUAUUAAGAAGUCGUCUCUGGUCAAGUUGACGAAACAGUUUGCGGGGCUGGUUGACAAGUUGGAGCAGAAUUCGAGGUUUGUAGAGGCGGAGCGCAAUAAGGCAGACUUUUCGCCAAGUGAUGCGGCAGGUGUAUCUGGAUUCAUGAGAAGUCAGGAUAAGGAGAAGACGCCCCUGGGCAGCUACUGGAAGGGCGUCAAGCGGAGUGUGAUGGCAAAGCGCAAGAUGAUUGAGGAGGCACGCAAGGACAGAGCGGAGAGGGAGGAUAAGGCCGAGUCCUCGGGAUCGUCAAGGAGAGGUAAGGGUGAUGAGGACGAGGAUGAGGGCGAGGACGAGGACGAGUCGAUGGAUGAGGACGAUCUGGAGGAGGUCGAAGAUGACUACAGCGAGUAGGAAUCUUGACACUCUUAUCCUCUCAGACAGGCACUUUCAUGCUUACACAUUUUACACCCGGCAUAUCCAUGACACUAUUUUUUUUCUCUUCAUAUCCUCAUAACUUCAUAUUAUCAUAUUAAAAAGAGGAACAAAACAACGCC